AUGGACGUGAAAUCGGCUUUUUUGAAUGGUUAUCUCGAAGAAGAAAUUUAUGUAGAGCAACCAAUGGGAUAUAAAAUAAAAGGAUAUAAAGGAAAUAAUCAAAGUAUGAUCACUGAGUUUAAAAAGGCCAUGGCUCAAGAAUUCGAGAUGACGGAUAUCGGCCUCAUGGCCUACUAUCUUGGAAUUGAGGUAAAGCAAAUGGAAGAUUGCAUCUUUAUCUCACAAGCAGGAUAUGCAAAAGAAAUUCAAUAUAGAGGAUUACAAGCCUGUAUGCACCCCCAUCAAAUGCAGAACCAAGUUGUCGAAGAAUGA